GAGAGCAGCGGCGGCGGCGGCGGCCGGAGGGACGAUGAGCGGUGCGGCGCGGGCGGGCCCGGCCCGGCUCGCCGCGCUCGCGCUGCUGACCUGCAGCCUGUGGCCGGCGCGGGCAGACAACGCGAGCCAGGAGUACUACACGGCGCUCAUCAACGUGACGGUGCAGGAGCCCGGCCGCGGCGCCCCGCUCACAUUCCGCAUCGACCGCGGGCGCUACGGGCUCGACUCGCCCAAGGCCGAGGUCCGCGGUCAGGUGCUGGCGCCGCUGCCCAUCCACGGAGUUGCUGAUCAUCUGGGCUGUGAUCCUCAAACACGGUUCUUUGUCCCUCCUAACAUCAAACAGUGGAUUGCCUUGCUGCAGAGGGGAAAUUGCACCUUUAAAGAGAAAAUAUCACGGGCUGCUUUCCACAAUGCAGUUGCUGUAGUCAUAUACAAUAAUAAAUCCAAAGAGGAGCCAGUCACCAUGACUCAUCCAGGCACUGGAGAUAUUAUUGCUGUCAUGAUUACAGAAUUGAGGGGUAAAGAUAUUUUGAGUUACCUGGAGAAAAACAUCUCUGUACAAAUGACAAUAGCGGUUGGAACUCGAAUGCCGCCAAAGAACUUCAGCCGUGGCUCUCUAGUCUUCGUGUCAAUAUCCUUUAUUGUUUUGAUGAUUAUUUCUUCAGCAUGGCUUAUAUUCUACUUCAUUCAGAAGAUCAGGUACACAAAUGCCCGGGACAGGAACCAGCGUCGUCUUGGAGAUGCAGCCAAGAAAGCCAUCAGCAAAUUAACAACCAGAACAGUGAAAAAAGGUGAUAAGGAAACAGACCCAGACUUUGAUCAUUGUGCAGUCUGCAUAGAAAGCUAUAAACAGAAUGAUGUUGUCCGGAUUCUCCCCUGCAAGCAUGUUUUCCACAAAUCCUGCGUGGAUCCCUGGCUUAGUGAACAUUGUACCUGUCCUAUGUGCAAACUUAAUAUUUUGAAGGCCCUGGGAAUUGUGCCAAAUUUGCCAUGUACUGAUAACGUAGCAUUUGAUAUGGAAAGGCUCACCAGAACCCAAGCAGUUAACCGAAGAUCAGCCCUAGGUGACCUCGCCAGUGACAACUCCCUUGGCCUCGAGCCACUUCGAACUUCGGGGAUCUCGCCUCUUCCUCAGGAUGGGGAUCUCACUCCUAGAACAGGAGAGAUCAACAUCGCAGUAACAAAAGAAUGGUUUAUUAUUGCCAGUUUUGGCCUCCUCAGUGCUCUCACACUCUGCUACAUGAUCAUCAGAGCCACAGCUAGCUUGAAUGCUAAUGAGGUAGAAUGGUUUUGAAGAAGGAAAAGAAUGCUUUCUGACUGAUUGCCUUGAAGGAAAAAAGAACCUAUUUUUGUGCAUCAUUUACCAAUCAUGCCACACAAGCAUUUAUUUUUAGUACAUUUUAUUUUUUCAUAAAAUUGCUAAUGCCAAAGCUUUGUAUUAAAAUAAAUAAAUAAUAAAAUUAAAA